CACCCUCCCUCCCUCAACCGUUUCAAUUACACCCAUCUGCAUCACUUCAAAAUUCAAAUCCUCCAAUCUCAAAUUACAUUUCAUGGCGGCAUCAGACGACGGCGGAGGAGGAGGAGUAGGAGGCAAGAUCAAGGGAUCCUGGAGCCCACAAGAGGACGCCACCCUCAUGAAACUGGUGGAGCAACAUGGACCGCGCAAUUGGUCCCUCAUCAGUUCCAGUAUCCCAGGCCGAUCUGGAAAAUCCUGCCGUCUCCGGUGGUGCAAUCAGCUCAGCCCUGACGUGGAGCACCGUCCAUUUACUCGUGAAGAGGACGACGUCAUCGUCAGAGCACAUGCAAUCCAUGGCAACAAGUGGUCAACGAUCUCCAGGCUCCUCCCUGGACGCACUGAUAACGCGAUUAAAAACCACUGGAACUCAACUCUCCGCCGACGAGGCGUCUCAAACUCCGGUGUUUCCGUUGCCGUUGCGAAACGACCACUCACAGAUGGAUCCAGCGAGUCAACCCAGUCGGAUCAUCUUCCUGCAUCCAAGAAGCAAUGCUCCCGUAACUCCGACCACAGCAGUUGCGACGGACCUCCGACGGUUCUGACGCUUUUGCCACCCGGGGAUAUCAAAAUCAAAACGGUGGAAGAACAAGUAAUAACGGAAAAGAACGCAGAGGUGGAUGAUGACGCGGAGGAGAAGUCGACGGUGGAGAUGGAGAACACGUGUCUGGUGACGAUCAUGAAACGUAUGAUAGCAGAAGAGAUUGUAGGGCUUUACCCAAUUAAGGGAGCCCUUCCAGAAAUUCUCGAUGGCCAAGGGAGACCCAAGGCCAAGGAGGGGGUUUGGAAAUAGUUUUCAACCAGCAAUUGACGCGCCUCGGUUAUUACCUCAUUAGCUGCGUCAUUGCCCCAAGCGCAAAGAUGUCUCUUAGGGUUGCCAACAUCUCUCAUUUUAUAGGAAGACAUCUCUCUCCUACUUUUCAUUUUUCAGCGAUGUGGG